AUGCAAAUGGUAAAUCUUAAAGAGUAUCUUACGGUGUUUGUUAUACUUUUAGUGGACAAUGCACUGCAGGAGUCGAAAGCAAAGGAGACGGAACAUUUCUUUGAAAUUGACGACGAAUGGGUGGACGAGCAGGAGAAGCGCAUCUCAGACGCCAUGGCCAGCGAGGGGCUCGCCGAGGAAGAGCUCGCAGCUGUUCCUGUGUUUGUGGAUGGCGAGGGAGGUGCUUUUGUCGCGGCCGAGCUGAAGGAAAACGCGCAGAAGAGAGCCAAGGCCCGGUAUGAAGAAAAGAAAGAAGCAGGCUUAUGCAUUAGCUGCAAGGCGAAGCUCCCCGCUGACAGCGGACUGUUCAGAUGCACUGGCUGCAGAAGAAAAGAUGAAGUCAAGUAUCACCUCAGACAAGAAUACGGGCUGUGUACGCAAUGCGGAAAAGAGAAGCCUCCCGGCGAGACCCGCAGUGCGUGCGCGGAGUGUUGCUCCAAGUUCAACGCCCAAACAGAAGAGAAAAGGAGACUGAGAGCGCCUGGGAAAUGUAGCAUGUGCUGUACGCGGAACUGUGCGGUCAGGCCCGUGACCGCACAGGCAACAAGGGCCUGUACGCCUGCUGCGACGAGUGCCGUGCCUCACAGCUCGUCGCAAGCAAAAAGCGGCCACCAAGCGCGCAGCCCUCGGGAUCAAGCCACCGAAGCCGCAGAAGAAACCCGGCCAGUGCAGCAAUUGCAGCAAAGCUUGCGCUCAAAGGAAGAACGGCAAGUUGUACAGCCAAUGCAGCUCGUGCCGCGCCACCGGGGCCAAGAACCGAGCCCUACGCGCAGCCAAGCGAGAAGCGAGCGGCCUCCCUCGCUGCCCCCAGGUGAAGCAUGUGCCCGGCGAGUGCUCCAGAUGCCACAGCCCCACCGAGAAGAAGGAGGACGGCGCAUUCUACAGCUGCUGCAAGACGUGCCGUGUCUACGAAUGCAAGGCCUCCCGCGCUUCCUACCUGAAGCGGAAGAGCAUGAGGCCUGGCGCGGGCGCGGAGGGCGAUUUUACAUUUUGAGUACUUUAUGGCGUGUUUGAGUCUUUUCAAAAUCCCACAAAACUUCCGUU